AUGGUGUGCGUGUCGUACGCUUUGGUGGCCCUAACUGGGUUCGCUUUGGCGAACUCGUUGACGGCGUUGCAGCCCGCCACGGGUAACGACCUCCGAGACAGCGAAAACUAUUACAUUCACCAUGGCUCUCGUCAAGCCGUACUCCCACCCCUGAACCAACCCCUUCACUCACCCCCGAGCCAACGCCAGCUCCUACCCCUGAGCCUACACCUGAGCCAACGCCAGCUCCCACCCCUGAACCAACCCCUUCACCCACUCCCGAGCCAACGCCAGCUCCUACCCCUGAGCCUACACCUGAGCCAACGCCAGCUCCCACCCCUGAACCAACCCCUUCACCCACCCCCGAGCCAACGCCAGCUCCUACCCCUGAGCCUACACCUGAGCCAAUGCCAGCUCCCACCCCUGAACCAACCCCUGCACCCACCCCCGAGCCAACGCCAGCUCCUACCCCUGAGCCAACUCCUGAACCUAAUCCUGAACCUACUCCUGAGCGUACACCUGAGCCAACUCCGGCUCCUACUCCUGAAGCUACCCCCCACUCGACCCCUGAACCAACAUCAUCGGCUAGUACUCCUCAACCAACUCCAGAACUCACACCCACGGUGA